AUGAAGAAGGGUGUCACUCAACACAGGGAUGAUGAAUGUGAAAAAGCUUUCAUUGCAAUCAAAGAUAUCCUCACAAGCCCUCCCAUUAUGUCUCGACCGGCAGCUGUAUCUGAUUUGCAGUUGUACAUAGCUGCAUCCAACUAUGCUGUAAAUGCUGCUCUUAUACAAGAAACACCAGUGUUUAAACUAAUAUAUUUCAGCCAUCAGGUGGUGGUACGAACAAAUCACCCAAUCGCUAAGAUUCUAAGGAAGCCUGACCUGACAUGUAGAAUGGUCUUUUGGUCUGUCGAACUCUCUGAAUUCGGUUUACGCUUCGAACCUCGAGGGUCUGUCAAAGGCCAACAUUUUGGUACCUUAACGUGGAUGGUUCCUCAAACAGAAGAGGUGGAGGAGCUGGCACUGUGCUGGAAGGAGGAAGCCAUAACAUUUCGAUUUCAAACCAGCAACAAUCAAGCAGAAUAUGAAGCCCUGAUUGCUGGUUUGAUUCUAGCCAAAGAAUUAGCGCUAGUAACCUCCUCAGAUUUUAUCGACGUCAACAUUGUCCACGUGCCUAGGGAGCAAAAUUCAAGAGCGGAUCUCCUAUCUAAACUGACCCACUCCAAAGAGAAGACACAACUAUCUUCAGUCAUUAAGAUGAUGCUUGACAAGCCUGUAGUGGAAGCUUUUGCCACUGACGUAUUAACACCCAAGGCCGAUUGGCGACAAAAUGUACGUGAACUAAUGAUGAGGCAGGAACAGGGAGAAAAGGUUAGUACAGCCGAUUCUAAAUGCAUUGCUCGUUUCCUGUGUGUAGGCGAGGAUGUGUACAGGCGUGGGUAUACAACACCGCUAUUGAAGUGCUUGUCAACGGAAGAAGCGGACUACGUCCUACGAGAGCUUCACAACGGAAUAUGUGGUUUUCAUUCUGGAAAACAUACACUCAGGGCACGAAUACUGCGAACAGGGUAUUAUUGGCCUACGAUCGACCAUGACUACGAAACGUUCGUUAAAAAGUGUAUUUCCUGUCAGGCACACAGAAAUGAUUUCCGAGUCCCUCUCGAAGAAUUGCAUGGCAUCGUUUCACCAUGGUCGUUCGCCCAAUGGGGUAUGGAUAUAGUCGGGCCAUUACCGAUCACGAAAGCUCAAAAUAAGUUCCUCCUGGUGGCGAUCGAUUACUUCACAAAAUGGAUAGAGGCUGAACUAUUAGCGAUCAUAAGCGCUCAAUGCAUACAAAAAUUUAUCUGGCAUCUGAUAUGCAGGUUCGGUCUACCCCAUAAAAUCGUUACUGAUAACGGUAGGCAAUUCAUCGAGAAAAGAUUAGAAGAUUUCCUCAAAGGUUUGGGGAUUAAACAUGUCACCAGUUCAGUGGAACACCCACAAACAAAUGGACAGGCCGAAGCUGCCAACAAAGUUAUACUCACAGAAUUGAAAAAACGAGUCGGUGAAGCUAAAGGCUUAUGGGUGGAGGAGCUACCAGAAGUACUAUGGGCAUAUAGGUGCACCCGCAUGGAUCCACUGGAGAAACUCCAUUCAACCUCACAUACGACACAGAUGCCAUGCUGCCAGUCGAAGUCGAAGAGCCGUCGUUAA